AUGCCUCGCCCUUCCCUCCACGGCAAGACACCGCUGCAGAUUGUCACGGGCUCGCUGCCCAAGCACGUGCCGCAGCUGCACGUCUUCGGGCAGCCGGCCGUCGUCCACAUCAGCACACAGCGCGGACGCCUGCAGCCCAAGGGCCGCCGAGGCAUCUACGUCGGCCACAACAGCAGCAGCAACAGCCACCUCGUCUACUUUGCAGACACAAACACCGUUGUGUCCUCCAUCCACGUCCGCUUCCUUCCCUUCUCUAAGGCCGAUGAUGUCAUGGAUGAGGGGGAGGAGCAAGUGCAGACAUCCACGACAUCGUCCAUGCUCCAGCUUCCCAGUGCACGUGACAGCAGCAACAGCACCACUGACGGUGAGCCACCAACGGUUCACAUCGACGAUGACCAGGACGAGGAUGUCGAGACAGACUUCCUGCUCACGGACUUUGACGCCGACAGCAGCAGCGACACCAACGACGCCAACUACGACCCCGACACAACAGAUGCAAGCGACACCGAGGCAGGCGCGUUCACAGCAAGCAGCAGUGGCGACACCAGCCUCACGGAGCCUGCAAGCAUCAAGCAGGCACUCAAGAGCCAGCAACGCAAGCAGUGGACUCAGGCAUGCUUGGAGGAGAUCGGGGCCAUGGAGCGCAACGGCGUCAUCAAGCUCAUCCCACGCAGCGUCGUGCCACGGCAGCACACGCCUCUCAAGUCACGCUUCGUCUUCAAGGUGAAGCGUGAUGCGGAAGGCACGCCGACGCGCUUCAAGGCACGCUGGGUCGCCAAGGGCUUCAGCCAACGACCGGGCAUCGACUUCCACCAGACCUACGCCCCAACACCAGCAGCCAAGACCAUCCUCACUGUACUCGCCGUCUCCCUGCAACGACAGCACCAGCUGCACCAGCUCGACUUCAAGUCGGCUUACCUGCAGGCUGAUCUCAAGGAGGAGCUGUACAUGGAGCUGCCGCCGCACUUCACCGACAUCGGCGACGGCGCUCAACGCUACGCGGGCAAGGUGUGCCGGCUGCUCAAGCCGCUCUACGGCCUCAAGCAAGCUGGCCGUGCGUGGGCCAAGAAGCUGCACACCUUCCUCAAGACCAACGGAUGGGCGCAGAGCAAUGUCGACGCUUGCCUCUUCACCAAGCUGCACGACGACGGACAGCGCACAUGGAUCAUCACGUACGUCGACGACCUCAUCAUCAGCAGCAGCAGCCAGCGUCACAUCCGUGCCUGCAAGCAGCAGAUCAAGGAGAGCUUCGAGGCAGAGGACCUGGGCCCGCUCACCUGGUACCUGGGCCUUCACCUGACGUCACCAGCUGACGGGGUGUUGCUGUUGACAGGCAAGUCCUGUCUGCUGAGUCAUCAUUGA